UUGCAGCCAAGGAUGUAGAAACGGCGGAAGGUGUAUAAUGCCGAAUGUCUGCAGCUGUCGACCAGGAUAUAACCCCCCUCGUUGUGACCCCAACUAUGCAUGUGCCAGUAAUCCAUGUCGGCAUGGGACGUGUCGUGAGUACCAUACGCACUACAGUUGCACCUGUCAGGCCGGAUGGCAAGGAACAACAUGUAACAUAGUUGUAAACUGCGGGCAUCCUGGAUCUCUUACAAAUGGCAGUGUGAUAGGCAACAGAUUCCAAUACGGUGAUACAGUGCACUUCACCUGCGAGACAGACUACGUUCUUGUCGGUCAGUCCUCAGCUCAGUGCCAGGGAAAUGGUCAAUGGUCGGCAUCAAAACCACGGUGUCUCUUCGGCAACACGUGCCAAAGCAACCCUUGUCAAAAUGGGGGGACUUGCAUAAACAGUGUCGAGCAGCACGAGUGUGUCUGCAGGGAAGGAUGGUCGGGAGAAAGAUGCGAAACAGACAUAUCACCACCACGUGUUGAGUUUUGCCCAACUGACAAGAACAUUACGGCUGUUGACACUCGCGAAACAGUCGUUUGGCAAUCACCAGUCUUCAGUGACUUUAGGAACGAGACCGUUCAUGUAACCUCUAACUACCCCAGCAACGUAGAGACCUUUCCGUGGGGACAGUACGAUGUCCAGUACACCGCGACCAAGCCUUUCAACGGCCUGAGAUCUUCUUGCGAGUUUACAGUACGCGUUUAUCCCCGUCAAUGCCCACCGUUGGCUCCCCCUGUCCAUGGGGCCUUGGCUUGUAACGGCUGGAUCACGCGGCUGGGCCGUGUGUGUAAAACCUUCUGUCAGCAAGGCUGGACCCUUCCUAGGGGACAAGAGGACAAGUUGAAUCAGCUAUACGCGUGUGGGGCCCAUGGAGCAUGGAUUCCUGCUUCGACCAUAGAUUGUUCCGCACAAACGUCAGGAGAUAACGAUGCCCCUGGCUACUUCCCCGGCAACUGUACAAGGACGGAUGCUAUAAAUAGUAUCCAAUCCCAGUACCUGACAGAGUUGCGCAAUUCAUCGUUCUCCCAAAUCUGCACAUCAUGGCAUGACCUGUGCUUGGAGGACAAUGUAGAGGUUACUUGCAAUAAGAACUGACCGAAACACUAAAUAAUUACAUCAGGUAGCCAGUGUCAAAAUUACAAGGCCAUUGUAAGUAAUCGGUCUGUAAGCCACACUUACAUUUUAUGGAUGAUAUCCUCUGAAGACCCCCAAACUAGUGCGCGCAGGCGAUUAAACAAACCAGCCAAAAACUGUAAUUACAGGACUACAAAUAUGGUAUUUGAGGUACUAGUGCGCGCGCGGAUGUCAUGCUUUAAAUUGAAUUAGCGUGGAAUUAAGGUAUGAGCUUAUUAAUUUGAAUUAUCAUAUGCACAUGCCUAAAGUGAAUUUUGAAUAUAAGACGCAAGACUAUAAUGUCGACAUUUUUAAAAAUCGAAGAAAUGUAACAAUUUGAGUUUCCAUAGCCCGAAAAUCCUUCUGACAGCCAUCAACGUACCCUGCUGAUAAUACUUGCAUCCAUAAUUCCUAACCUUUCUAAAUCUAUCAAGAUUGUAUUAGGCAUAUGCUUGUUACAAUUGCAUAUAAUAUGUUCCAACUCUGCAUCUUAUUGAGGCUUUGUUUUUGGGGGUUUGGUAGAGUUAGCACAUUUUAGUUGUUUGAAGCCCCUAUUAGUUUAAGCUUGCUACUAUAUUGUACUUAUAUUGUACUUAUAAUAAUGGUAAGUAGAGCAUUCUAAUUAUAUCUUAAGACAAUUUGAAGUCAUUGCUUGCUUUGAACAAGUCACAAUACGGUGGAGGUUCAUUCUGUAAACAUUAUACUUUGUGCAAAUGUAAUGCACAUUUUAAAAAAGCACAGCAGUUUCUAAAAAGAUCGUUUCUAACAAGUCAAAAUACAAUCUUAAUUCCUGAAUCUAAAGUAAUUUGGGCAUUAGCUGCCUUUUAUAUUAUAACGGGGUCUUCUAGAACCCCUGUACAAAUCAAGGUUAUCUAACACAUGCAGUUAUAUAGCCUAAUACAUUUUAUAAAUGUCCACAUUUACUACAUUAAAUAAACCGAUCAU